AAGCAUUAGAGAGUGAGAGAGAGAGAAUCGAAAGUUUCAAUUUUUCCCUUCUCUCGAAUGGAAGCUGAUGUGAUUAUGCCACUCCCCAUCCGCUCCGCCUGCCUCCUCCUGGAAAAUUAGGGUUUUGCAGCUUCCGGGAUUUCCCCCCUUCUCGGGUCACAUGGAUAUCUUGAACCGCGCGAGCGUGCUGGGUGUGCUCCUGUGGCUCGCUUUGCUGGAAUUCAGCCGCACCACGUCGGCGAACGUGGUUCUGAUCGGCAACAACGUCACUCUGUCCUUCGCCGCCCUUGAAGCUAAUUUCGCUCCGCCGGUUAAAGGUUCUGGGGUUUGCGGCGUGCUGUAUCUUGCGGACCCGGUUGAUGCGUGCUCUCGAUUGGCGAAUGAGGUCGCCCGGUUGCCUAAUGCGAGCUCCCCUUUCGCCCUAAUUGUUAGGGGAGGAUGUAGAUUUGAAGAAAAAGUUAGGAGAGCUCAAAAGGCCGGAUUCAAAGCGGCUAUUGUCUAUGACAACAAAGCUGAGGGCGGCUUGGUGCCAAUGGCUGGAAACUCAGCUGGGAUAAAAAUCCAUGCCGUGUUCGUUUCUGAAGUUUCGGGAGUAUUACUUCAAAACUAUGCUGGUUCAACUAAUGUGGACCUAUGGAUAAUUCCAAGCUCUGAAGACUCAGCUUUGUCGAUCAUGGCUCUUUCUUUUAUUUCCUUUCUUGCCAUGUCAGCAGUUCUUGCCGCGUGCUUCUUCUUGUGUAGGCAUCGCAUAAGACGAGAAAGGCCUCGAGCUCCUCGUGUGAGGGUCUUCCAUGGAAUGAGCAGUCGCUUAGUGAAAGCAAUGCCAAGUCUCAUAUUUACUGCUGUUUCAGAUGAUAACUGCACAUCGAGGACAUGUGCCAUAUGCCUUGAAGACUACAUUGUUGGAGAGAAGCUCAGGAUUUUGCCGUGUUGUCACAAGUUUCAUGCAUCAUGUGUCGACUCGUGGCUUUCAUCGUGGAGAACUUUCUGCCCCGUUUGCAAGCGUGAUGCAAGAACUAGCACGGGCGAACCCCCAGCAUCCGAGAGCACGCCAUUGCUCUCAUCGAGCCCUGCGUCUGCGGCUUCCUCCUCUGCUUUGUCUUCUGCUAGAUCAUCGGAGGCAUCAUCGUCAGCCAUCCAAAUAGCCGCCGGAGCGUCACGGCCUCCAUCUGCUUCUCACACUACAUCUCUCUCGAGCACUUAUCUGCAGCAGUCUCUUGGGUCCUAUGGACAAUCUCCUCCUCCGAGCAUUAACCGUAGCUCGGUUGACCCCAGGAAUGCAUCGUCACGAUAUCCCCCUAUAUCACCUGUUAAUUCAAUAUUUGGGACUGGAUUUAAAGCCGGAGGCUUUUUGUAAAUAAAAUAAAGUUCGGGCAAGACUGGAAUUGGACUUAAAA